GAUCCAACGGCAACGCGAGACAAGAAUGGCCUCCGCCACCAUCUGGAGACGAGGACUCCGCCUGCUGCCGCUGGCGCUGGCGCUAGCGCUGCUGCUGCCUGCGGCACAGGGAUCAGCAGCGCCGUGCUACCCGCGCGUGUUCAGUUUUGGGGACUCGCUAGCCGACACGGGCAACAUCGCUUUCCUCUACGGCAACGACACCCGCCGGCCCUCCCUCUGGCCGCCCUACGGCGAGACCUUCUUCCACCGCGCCACCGGCCGAUGCUCCAACGGCCGCCUCAUCGUCGACUUCAUCGCUGAAGCGCUGGGGCUGCCGUUCGUGCGGCCGUACUGGAGCGGGCAGACUGCGGAGGACUUCGCCCACGGGGCCAAUUUCGCGGUGGGCGGCGCCACCGCGCUCGGCCCGGACUUCUUCCGGGCAAGAGGGAUGCCUGUUCGCAACGGUACCGUGCACCUCGACAUGGAGAUGAAGUGGUUCCGCGAUCUUCUCCACCUGCUUUGCCCAGCGGGUCUUGCCGGUUGCAAGGACAUGAUGAAUCAAUCUCUUUUCUUGGUUGGAGAAAUUGGGGGCAAUGAUUACAACCAUCCUCUUCUCAACGGGGUAUCCAUUACAAAGAUUCGUAGCUUCCCUCCGAGUGUCAUUGCCAAAAUUUCUUCAAUAAUCACCGAAUUGAUUGGGCUCGGAGCCAAGACGCUGGUUGUUCCCGGUAACCUCCCAAUUGGGUGCAUUCCAAAUUACCUCAGGAUAUUCAUGAGUGAUAAGCAAGAAGAUUAUGAGCCACAGACAGGUUGCCUUAGGUGGAUGAAUGAGUUCUCACAAUACCAUAACAAACUUCUUUUGGAUGAAUUAGAAAAGUUGCGCAAACUUCAUCCUAACGUGACCAUCAUCUAUGCUGAUUACUACGGAGCUGCUAUGGAAAUUUUCCUUUCCCCUGAACAUUUCGGAAUUGAAGAUCCUUUGGUCGCUUGCUGUGGUGGAGAAGGGCCCUACGGUGUGUCUGCAGAUGCAAGAUGUGGAACUGGUGAAUACAAGGUGUGCGAUGACCCAGAAAAAUAUGCAUCAUGGGAUGGACACCAUCCGACGGAAGCUGCGUACAAGGCUAUGGCAGUUGGCCUAGUACGAGGUUCACACACACAGCCUCCAAUUGCUGCCAUCACCAAUUCAUGCCUGCAACCAGCUGCGCACGCAUCCUCUGUUCAAUACAAGGCCCUAUAUGAUUUGUAGUUGUGUGAGUAUUUUCCUUAUUUUUACAAGAUAUACGUGUAUAUAAAGGGCUUUUUUAUUAUUUUUGAAAAGUAUCUCAAGGUACCAAGAAUUUUACUACCUCAAGAUAUAAUAUACUUCAAGGUAACAUACAUUUUACACUAUAAAGUGUGGUAUCUUGAGAUACUUUUUAAGAAUGAUAAAAAAGCUCGUAUAUAAAAGAUAGAUGUGGAUUAAUCCUCCAGCUGGUGCUAUGUCAAACUUAGGGGUUGGAUCCUGUAAUAAAUUAAUUUACCACCUCCCACCUCCCACCUCCAUAGACUGCACAUCAUUGGUUUUCCCUAGAGUAAAUUUUACUUUAAACCA